AUGGCUCCUUCGAAGAGCGCGAAACGCAAGCGCGACUCAGAGGACGAGAUCGAAGACUACGACAUACCCGUACCAUCCAUUGAAGCACAGCCGCCAACGCCAAAAACAGCACAACACAAGCCUUCAGGACAGCUCAACAAGAAAUCCAGAAGAGCACCAGGCGUGGCCUCACCACCCACCACCACCUCAGAAGCAGAGGCAGCAUCAAGCACACCACAUACUCCUCCACGCCAGAUAAACAAGAAGCCCCGAACAGCAUUCGACACAGCUUCACCCAACACAAUCUCCCUCACAGAAGCAGCACCAGACACACCAUCGGCCAUUGCACGUACCUCUUCUGCCGGCACCAACUUCCACACAACGUUUCCCAGACUCCCACCACCCUCGACCGUCAUCCCUCCCCCUAUUCCCCAACGCAUCGCCGCCAAGAUCACGCAGGUUGACCCAAACAAACCAAUCAUCGUUCUCGAGAACUACAACCGCAGACUGCAAUACAUGCAAGAGCGGAGAAUUCGACAUGGGCUGUGGGAGUACGUCCGAAAUCGAGCGGCGGCGGAGGGAACCAUGAAGCAGGAAUGGGAGAAGUCUGUGCUGAACCAGAACAUAGUCACCGCAGCUGAAAUCAUAAUGGCAGGGUUCAAAGACAAACUGCAUCAAGACUGGGCCGACACCAAGGACUGGUGGAAGUCACACGCCAGUCCAAAACGCCAAAAAUCAUCGCAGCAGAAGCCUGACAAGAACAAUGACAAGAACAACGACGAGGACGCUGAAGAACUGCAACCAUGGCGCGCAUUCGACAAACUCCUGCUCCGCUUUCCACACUACUCAGGACCACCAUCAUUUACCUCGAGCAGCGGCAGUUCGACCGCGUCAGCCAGCAACACGUGCGAAAAGCAAGACGUGCAUCCGUACGAGAUGGCACUCGACCUGAACAAUCCUUACAUCCGAAAAGAUAUCGAAAUCAAGCGAAAGCAACGCCUGCACCGGAUGGACGAGGCACGGAUUAUGUGGGAGAACUGCCGUAUUGAGUGUAGCCGGCGAGGCUCCAAUAACAUGACCAUGGGCCAGUGGGAAGGCGGCGACCCGGACAGCUGGGCUUUGUGGGAGUUGAGAGAAGCUGCCGAAGCGAAGCGCAGGAGCAGCAACGGCAGCGCCGUGGAGGAUGAGGAGGAGUUGGAGAUCGACGAGGCAGAGCUCGCGGCUUUGCGUCAGAAGAUGGUGGCGAGGAACAAGAGGAGCUGUUUCCAGACCAUAAGCCAUUCUUGGCAGUUUGACGCGAGGCGGGAAAUAGGCGAGGCCAGAGAGGUCAAAGUCGAACAUGAGCAGAUGAUGGCAAGCGCGCCUGCGAUGAUCGAGGAAGGCACGAGGAAGGUUUCAUCAGGUGCUCGAUGUUCAAGGGCCGUUGAAUCUGCGUCUGCAAGCAUGCCUUGA